GUUGAGCGGAAACCGAAGUUAUAUAAACAACCUCCUACUUCGUAUUGGCCUUCUUGGCCACUUCUGCUCUUCCAGGGUUUUGGCCUCUUCCCCUUAGGUUCCACAGACCACAGGGCUCGCUAGCUUCGUUUCAUUUCUCAUACAUAAUACAUUGAACUAGGGUUAAAUGCUUGUAGAUUAGUACUCUUAAUUAUUACACUUGAAAAAUGUCGAAGAAAAUUGUCACGAGAAGAGAGCUUUUGGACCGAUGGAGGACCAUUGAAGAAGAAGACGAUGAAGAAAACGUAUUCGAUCACUCAAAACAACGUCACAUCCAACAUCUCAAAGAAAUAUGGUUCUCGGAUGCAUUCAACUUCUUGAUAUAUCUUUCAAAAGACAAUCAUAUUUGGUGUGGCAACUGGGAUAUAAUGGGGCCACUUCUAGAAACAUUCUACAAUUACUUUAAAGAUGAUCGGCAGGAUUCUCCUCUCAAGCUUCUGUGGAAAAGAAUUUCUGAAGAAUUACAAGAUUGCAUGCAAUGCAUCUGUCAGCAUCAUCAAGCAAAAGAAACAUAUGCCAUGGAGUAUGAGUUGAGCUCAAUUGGGCCUCUUCUUGAUGUUCUAUGCAGGCUUGAUGAAGAAAGGGUGACUAAUCAAUUGAAAGAGACGAACACAAGAAUAGGAAGCGGGAAGUAUGAUGCUGUGAAAGACAGUGCAAAAGUUAUUACUGUCAUGUAUGAGGUGUUGAUGUUUCCUGUCUUGUUGGAUGAUCAAUCUCUGGUCAAUGAGUUUCAAACAUUUAUUGAAGCAGUUGAUGAUUCUCAUGAACUUACUUUGGCUGGGCAUCAACAAUACCCGGGAGUUUAUGCCUUACUUUUCCUCAAAACUAGGAGGUGUCGCUCUAUAGGUUUUCGUUUAGCUGGAUACAUGGGCAAAUUGAGGAAUGCAGCAGAUUUGGAACCUUUGCAGCCUUUGCUCAAGAAAUGCAUCUCAUUUCUAGAAACAGAAGCCAUUCCUGUUAAUUCUGAGAGCUCAAGGCCAAGGAUGCAGCUGGAUCGAAUAACUGUAUGGCUUGGAAUCAAGGCACUGCUUGGGUUUUUAGAGCCUCAUGCAUUUGAAGAAGGGAUUUUGGAGCGUCAUCCGAGCUUUCUGAAUAUUGUACUUAACCAUAUCUGUGAUGAUUCCCUUGAAUUUUCUUAUGCAAUCAAUUGCCUUAGACUACUUUUCGAUAUGCUUGGAUGUAAACUUUGGUUAAGGGCAACAUUGUCACCAAGUGUAAUGCGUGACACACUACUUGGUCAAUGUUUUCAUACUAAAGAUGAAAAGAGCCACAAGGAAAUAUUUGAUCUUUUCCCACCUUUUCUUCAGUCUCUUGAAGCUUUGCAAGAUGAAGAACACAAGAAACAACGCAGGCAUUUUCUCUACUUUCUCCUACAUCAAGUCACUGUUAGUAGCAACUUCAGCAAUCUAAUGAGAAAAAAAGCCUGCCAGAUAGCUCUUCUCAUCAUCCACCGAGGCUACAAGAUGAAUCCCUCCUGUCCACCUUUUGAAUGUGCACACAUGUGGGGUCCUUCUCUAUUGGCAUCUCUCAAGGAUUCAUCACUCUACAGUUCUCUAAGGCAACCUGCUUUGGAUUUGAUCCAAACUAUCAUAGUCUCUGAUGCAUCUGCCUUAGUGUCUUCAAUUCUACACUGUCAAAUACACAAAAUUGUUGAUAGGAAUAUCAUUGACUUCAAAGAUGAAGAUGAGAAUGAAGGGUUAUUUGCAGAUGAUACUGAAGAAAAGGACACCAGUUGUUGGAAUGGAUUUAGUCAACAGAGUCAAACUACAUCAUCAGAAUAUGGGGCAUGGAUGUGCAUUCCAAUGCUAUGGUUUGAUGUUUUAGUCGAAAUUGAUCCCGUGAUUCUACCAAUAUCAUUUUCUAAAGCAGUUUUAUGGGGUUUAUCUCGUUUUUCUAUGGUUGAACCUGAAACUAUCGCUGACAUGGCACUUCCAGUUGGAAGUUGGUUAACUACACGUGCACCAGAAGUAUCAUGUCUAUUUGGGUGGAAAGCACCAUCUGGUUCUGAUGAUGGUGGGGAUGGAAAAGAGUCAAAGAAUUCAGUCAAAGUCUCAACAAUGUGCAUCCCAUUAAUCAGAACAUUCAGAAGGUUUACAUCCUAUUUUAUUACAAGAAUGGAGCAAGGUGAGCUUCAAAAGCAAUGGAGUUGGGAACCAAGGAUGGCUGAAAGCUUAAUCCUUUUGCUUGUUGAUCCUGAUGAUAAUGCAAGGCAAGUUGGUAGGCGAAUUCUUGAACAAGUUUCAAACACACGUGGCCUUCUUUCCUGUUUGCAGUUUUUGUGUUCAUGUUCAGCUUCAAUAUCAGCUGUAUUUCUAGGGCUCAGACAUGCUUGCGAAUUGCUUCUGUUGGAUUCGGUGCUACAAAGAUUUCAAAGUCUGCAUCAUUUCUUUUUUGUACUAUGCAAGAUACUUACAGAAGGGGUACAAUCUGGCAAAAAUGAGGGUAAUAGUAAUUUAAAGUUUUCAUCCCAAGGGGGAUUUUUACAGCAGCCUACAUUUGAAUCCAUGGAUGCUAAUAUCAAUGGAAAGUUGUCAAAGUUCAAUUCUGAACAUUGGAAAAAGUUUGGUUGCUUAUUAUCAGAAGUUGCAUGGCCAUCUUUUUGCAUAUGUUUGUCUGAAGGAAAGACAUUCAUUGACUACAAGAUCUCCCAGAUGACAUGUAUCAGAAUACUUGAAUGCUUACCUGUCAUUCUCCAAAGGCUCCAGCAAUCUAUGAACAGAAUACCAGGAGAUCCAGACAUUUUGGUAUCAAAAUCAGUUGGAUAUAAAUGGCUUCAUGAUUUGAUGUAUUGGGGAAAGUCUACACUUGCUGUUGUAAUUCGGUAUUGGAAACAAACAGUUCUUUCUUUGCUUGAUCUACUUAAGGAGUCAUGUAAUGAUAAAACAUCUGAUAUCAUUGCCAUUGAGAAACUUAUCCAAUCUGAAGACAUUCCGGUUGAUGAAUUAACCAAUCAGAUAUCAUGCCUUUCCGUUUCAUUGAAGAAUGCAUAUGGGGAAACAAACUUCAAUUCCACAUUAUUGCACAAAAGGAAUUCAUCCUCUGAAAAAGUCGAAGCUUUAGAUCUGGAGAUUUUGGAUUCAGAUUUUAGCGCCAAACCAGAGAGAGAAAGUGUGAUAAUUCUUUCAGAUGAUGAGAUCGAUGUAAAAGAUUCCAUUGACACUGUGAGUGUUUCAAGUCAUUCAUCAUUAGAUGGAGAAGCUAUGGGCUCAAAAACUGCUGAAAAAGCUUCACAACUAAAUGCAGCUAAGAACAUUUCUUUUAAGGUUCCAACUUCAACAACACAGGUGGAGGCAGAGAAUAAUGUGGUUGUGGACAGAGUAAGAUCAUCUUCUAUUUCUAUAGAGAAGUCUGUACAAGGCACAAGUAAAGGAAAAGGAAAAUCAUCCGAUGUGCAGAAAAAACCUUGUUUGGCAAAAUCAUCUUCAGAAAAUCUUACUUCUAAAAUGGAAAAUUCAGUUCCAUAUCAGCGUGCAUCAAGUUUGAAGAAUGUAUCUGAUGAAACUAGGGCUAACCAAGGUAUCAAAAAGAUUCCACCAAAGAGUGAUAAUAGAGUAAUCAAGGAGUUGGUAUUUGAUGCUAAAGAUGAUCCAUGGGAAUUUGCAUUAAAAUCCGCAAGGCAUCAUCAAUCACACCUUGCAAAAUUAAGUGGCCCAAAACGCCAGGUCAUCCAACUAAACAUGCCAUUUGAAAACCGAGCUUCCCAAAAUAGAAUGCGUGUUGGACAACAGAGGUUUAAACCUCUAAGACUAGACGAUUGGUUCAGACCUAUUUUAGAGAUGGAUUAUUUUGCUACAGUAGGGUUAGUUUCGUCAACUGUAGAAAAAAAUCAAACAGGGAAAUUAAAAGAGGUUCCUGUUUCUUUCCAAUCUCCAGAUGAUUACGUGGCAGUUUUUCGUCCAUUGGUGUUGGAAGAAUUAAAAGCACAGCUACACAGUUCGUUCAUGGAGUUGACUUCUUCAGAUGAGAUGUCAUGUGGAAGUCUCUCUGUGAUGUCUGUUGAAAGAGUUGAUGACUUUCAUGUUGUUCGUUGUGUCCAUGAUGACAAAGAUCUAGAAGGUUCUAGAAGCUGUGUUGAAAACGACCUUGUAUUGUUUACCCGACAUCCUUUUCAAAAAUCAUCUAAUGAUGUCCACAUGGUUGGAAAGGUGGAAAGAUGUGAAAAAGAUUAUAAAAGAAGAUCAAGCAUUUUAAUGAUCAAAUUCUAUCUUCAAAACGGAUCUUCGCGUCUAAAUCGUGCUAAAAAGCUCUUAAUGGAAAGAAGCAAGUGGUACAUUCAUCGCAUCAUGAGUAUCACUUCACAACUUAGAGAAUUUCAAGCACUUUCAUCGAUACACAGUAUUCCUCUCAUUUCCACCAUCUUAAACCCUAACAACCAGCCUAAUGUUGUUAAAUCAAGAACAAAUUUGAGCAAGCUCUCCCCAUCUUUACAGAAAGUUCUGGAAUCAUCAUUUAACGACUCUCAACUUCAAGCCAUAAGCAGUGUCACAAGAUCUAUGGGGUUGAAAAAUGAUGAUGUUCAUGAUCUAUCUCUUAUACAAGGUCCUCCAGGUACUGGGAAAACACGUACAAUUGUAGCCAUUGUCAGUGCUUUGCUUUCGUUGACCAAAGUCAACACUGGAACAAGAACUGAAAGUGGUGUAAAUGUAUCAAGACCUAAAGGGCAAAUGAGUCAAUCUGUUGCGAUUGCACGUGCCUGGCAGGAUGCAGCCUUGGCCAAACAACUGAAGGAUGUAGAGGAUAAAAACUCCAGACCUACUAAUGGUGGAGGAGGUAGAGUUCUGAUUUGUGCACAAUCAAAUGCUGCUGUUGAUGAACUCGUGUCAAGAAUUUCAAGUCAUGGAUUAUAUGGAAAUGAUGGAACAAUGUACAAGCCGUAUCUUGUUAGGGUUGGGAACUCAAAAACAGUUCAUCAAAAUUCUCUUCCUUUCUUCAUCGACACCCUCGUUGACCAACGUUUGACCGAGGAGAGUAAUGCUGGAGGUGAUGUGAAAAGUGAUGAUGCGGAUUCUCAUUCUUCUAAUGCUCUUCGUUUGAAGCUAGAAAAGUUGGUUGACCGGAUUAAGUUUCUUGAAGCCAAACGGGCUAACUUAAGCAAUGGAGACCCUGACUCAAAACAAGUUCUUGAAGGAGAUGAUGACGUGGACAUGAAGGAAAUGUCUGAUGUGGAAAUUGGGGUGAAAUUAAGAUCACUAUACAGUGAAAAGAAAUCAGUCUACAUCGAUCUCGCUGCUGCUCAGUUACGUGAGAAGAAAUCUUACGAAAAAACAAAAGCUUUAAAACUUAAAUUUCGUAAAUCGAUACUAAAAGAAGCUGAAAUUGUGUUAACAACAUUGAGUGGAUGUGGUGGAGAUCUUUACUCAGUGUGCUCUGAAUCCAUGUCAACUCAUAAGUUCAGCACUUCCUCUGAAUCUUCAUUGUUUGAUGCUGUUGUAAUCGAUGAAGCUGCUCAAGCUUUGGAACCUGCUACUUUGAUUCCACUUCAGCUGUUGAAAUCAAAGGGUAGCAAAAGUAUUAUGGUGGGUGAUCCAAAGCAACUACCUGCAACUGUUCUCUCUGAUGUUGCAAGUAAAUAUCGGUAUCAAUGUAGUAUGUUUGAACGUUUACAAAAAGCUGGACACCCUGUUACUAUGCUUACAAAGCAGUAUAGGAUGCAUCCAGAGAUAUGUCGGUUUCCUUCUUUGCAUUUUUAUGAUGGCAACUUACUGAAUGGAGAUGAAAUGUCCAACAAAGAAAAAGCAUUUCACAAAACAAAAGGCCUCGGGCCUUAUUUAUUCUUUGAUAUUGUAGAUGGACAAGAGCUUCAUGGUAAAAACUCUGGGUCCCUUUACAAUGAGUGUGAAGCUGAUGCUGCAGUUGAACUUCUAAGGUUUUUCAGGAGGAGUUAUCCAUUGGAGUUUGUUGGAGGAAGGAUUGGGAUCAUAACACCUUAUAGAUCUCAGCUUUCACUUUUACGCACACGUUUUUUGAAUGCUUUUGGGUCUGAAAUAAUGGAAGAAAUGGAGCUCAACACUGUUGAUGGUUUUCAAGGGCGUGAGGUGGACAUACUUGUAGUGUCAACAGUUAGGGCAGCGGGCCCACCUUCCGGAACAAAGGAAACAAACUCAAAAAGCAUCGGGUUUGUUGCUGAUGUCAGACGAAUGAAUGUAGCCUUGACUAGGGCAAAACACUCGUUAUGGAUUUUGGGAAACGUGAGAACGUUACAGACAAAUAAAAACUGGGGUGCACUUGUUAACGAUGCUAACGAGAGAAAUUUGGUUUUAUCAGUUAAAAAACCGUAUGUUUCUGUGUUUAACUCACUAAAGAGUAGUAAUUAUGUUCCAGAUAGUAAACAUGAUGUUUCGAGACAGGUUACUAAAAACGGGAAGAAGGCUAACAGACAUGAUGAACAGAGGAAAAGGUUUAGUAAUGAUGGUAAUUUGGGUUUGGGUGUAGAUAAAGAAAAGAACAAAGCAAAAAAACAAUAUGAUUCAUCAUCAUCAGCAGAAAAGAAACGCAAUGAUGAAGAUGGAGUGACACGUGAAAAAGGUGGAAAUAUGGGUGUGGAUAAAAAAAGGAAAGAAGAAAGUAGAGGAGGGUGUAGUGAAGUAGAAAAAAAGGGUGUUAGUGUUGAGGCUGUUUCUAAAAGGAAACACCAAAGGGAAGCUGUAGAAGCUCUUCUUCCAUCAGGCUUCAUAUCCACCACCACAAAGAAGCCCAAGCCCAUGAAAACGGUCCCCCAAUCAGAUAGAAGGUCUACUCCACCAGUCAUCAGACCCACCAAGACAAGAAAAGGUUAAAGUUAAAGAAAGCAGGUUUCGUUUGGAAUGGAAGGUAAUGUAUGUAAUUAGGGUGGAUCCCAAUUUUGUAAAGGGAAUCCUUUUUUUGGCAUGUUAUAUAUUUUGGAAUUUUGACUUUUGGGAAAGAAAGUUUGUUCCAAAGAAAGAAGCAAAAGCUGUUGACAGUUAGUUGUGGUUGUUUUGGGAGAUUUAUUAUAUGUGGAUUGAUGGCGAUGGAUUAGCAAAUCUGUUUUUAUCAAUGAUUGGAGGGGUGUGGGGCGUGGAGAGGGAGGCCCACUAGCCUUACCACUAUCUUGUUUGUUUAUUCUUUUCGUUCUGUCUUGAGCAAGUCAAUUUGCAUUCAAACAUGUUUAUUUUGUAAAGAGUGAGUAGUCUACUAAGAUUUAUGAUAGAUGAAUCAUUGAUUGCGUAAUGGGCAGAAAGUUUGUCAUUUUUAUGGUUUCCACUUGCAUUGGCUAC